AUGAAACUUGAGAAUGAAGGUGGCGAUGCUUUUGCUAAAAAGAAUUAUCAAAUUCACUUGACAGCCACAAUUGAUUGUAUUAGAUUUCUUUUGCGACAAGGAUUGGUCUUUCGUGGUAAUGAUGAGACAGAUGAUUCUGUUAAUCAAGGAAAUUUUUUGGAACUUCUAAAUUUUCUUGCACAAUAUAAUGAAGAGAUUGAUCAUGCUUUUAAAAAUGCUCGUGGGAAUCUUAAACUAAGAGCUCUCUCAAUUCAAAAAGAUAUUGUAAGAGCGGCUGCAAGUGAAACGACAAAAGCUAUUGUAAAUGAUCUUGGUGAUGAAUUGUUUGCUAUUUUGGUUGAUGAAGCUCGCGAUAUUUCUAUUAAGGAGCAAAUGUCAGUUUGUUUAAGGUAUGUGAAUAAAAAAGGGCAAGUUAGAGAGCAUUUUCUUGGUCUUGUUCAUGUUUCUAAUACUAAUGCUUUAUCUCUAAAAUUAGCAUUGGAGUCAUUAUUAGAAACAUAUAAUUUAAGUUUAUCAAGAGUACGUGGCCAAGGAUAUGAUGGUGCAAGUAAUAUGCAAGGAGAAUUUAAUGGUUUGAAAACUUUGAUAUUGAAAGAAAAUUCUUAUUCUUUCUAUGUACAUUGCUUUGCCCACCAACUUCAGUUAGCUCUUGUAACGGUUGCAAAAAAACAAGUUAAAAUUGCUUUGCUUUUUAAUUUGUUAACCAAUUUGUGCAAUGUUGUUGGAGCUUCAUGUAAACGAAGAGAUAUGCUUCGUGAUAGUCAAAUGACUAAGACAAUUGAAGCAUUACAAAGUGGAGAAAUUUCUAGUGGACGUGGUUUGAAUCAAGAAAUAGCUUUGAAAAGAGCUGGAGAUACUAGAUGGGGUUCACACUAUGGAACUAUACUUCGAUUAAUUUCUUUGUUUCCUUCUGUGGUCAAUGUUCUUGAAUAUGUUGAGGAAGAUGGAAAUAAUUCAGAACAAAGAGCUGAAGCAUUGUCUAAGCAACGGUUGCAAACUAUAAGAGAUGAUGGUUGGUCUCUUUUACUUGAUGAAGUCUCAUUAUUUUGUGACAAACAUAAUAUUACUGUUCCAAAAAUGGAUGAUAUAUUUGUGUCACAAGGAAAAUCAAGACGUAAAGCUCAAAAGAUCUCAAAUUUGCAUCAUUUUCAAGUUGAGAUAUUCUAUCAAGUAGUUGAUAGACAACUUCAAGAACUCAACAACCGUUUUACAGAGGUGAAUAUCGAAUUGCUUCUUUGUAUAGCUUGUCUGAAUCCAAGACACUCAUUUCUUGCAUUUGAUAAGGAGAAGUUGAUCCAGUUAGCUUAA